AUGGAGAAGCCAGGGACUCCAGGUACAAGCUUGCCCCGGGCGCGGAGGGGAGCCGUCCCGACUCCGAACUACAGACCCUCUCGGGGAACCCUGGCCGUCCAAACGGCAGAACCCACCCCGAACCCCGGCUGGACUAGGGGCAGCGCUCGGCUCCGGAGAGCAGGCGAAGGCACCCCCGGGGCUGGGGGACGCGCGGGCUGCAGGGCUAGAGACGGGCAAGGUGUGGGCAAGUCAAAUGCUGAAUUCACUUUAGGAAAGCAGUUUCAGGAGCGCCCGAGAGACAGAGCGGAGCUAGAGGUGCCGGGAGAGGCGGCGACGCGGGAAUCCCGUGGGUCCCCGAGGACCCGGCGGUGGGCGCUCCGUGCGCGCCGCCGCAGCUCCGCCCCGGCCCCGGCCCCGGCCCCGGCCCCGGCCCGCGCGCACUCACCGGCCGGCGCUGCCCGGCGCUGCCCUGGGCGGAGCCGCCGCCCCGCCGCGCUCCGGAGCCGCCGCCGCCGCCGCGGUGCCUCGCCGCUGCUUCCCUGA